AAUAUCUUAAACAUGGUUCAAUCACAAGAAUUGGAUAAAUGGAUAGAUAAUAACUUUUUUGAAAAAAAUCACGUCAGAUUUCCUUCACGUAAUUCUUUUGAGAAAUGUAAAAUUAAUGGCGCAUUGCUAUCCGCCAAUAGCUGUAAACUUUAUUUAAUAAAAUGUAAUAAAUUUGUAGUUUUAAAUAAGUUUACUUUUUCUCAACAAUAUAGACUUGAAGAUUUUAUCAAUGAAUUAAAGCAAUAUCACGAAGUAGAACUGCAUCAAAAUAUUUUAAAAUUCAUAGCAAUUAUCGAGAAAAAAGCAAAUGAAUUUAUCUUCAUUCAUGAAUAUGCUUGUGAUGGUACUCUUCGUCAAUAUUUAAAGCAAAAUUCCAGCAAGUUCAAUUGGAAUGAAAAGUUAAAUAUUGCAAAACAGAUUGUUAGCGCUUAUCGACAGCUAAUAAUGAUGUUAAAACUUGUAUUUUUCUUUUUUAACAAUUUAGAAUUCUGA